AUGGGAGAUGCCGAGAUGGAAACCCCGGUGACUACUGGGUGUAGUCAGGAUCAGUUUUUCAAUCCGAUUCUGACAAUGGGGUAUCAAGUGGCAGCCAUUCUUGUUCUGUCUCAUGCCUUUCAACUUGGUCUCAAAUCCAUUCCCGGACCCAUUGCUCAAAUUCUCGCUGGGUUUGUGCUAGGUCCUUCGGUGAUCUCGAAUAUAGAAUCUGUGAAAAAGUUCUUCUUUCAAGCUUUUGCUACGGAUUAUUAUGAGACCAUGGCAAUGUAUGCAAGAAUAAUCAUAAUGUUUCUGAUCGGGCUUGAGUUUGAUGUGGCCUAUCUAAUACGAAACCUGAGGCGUGCUCAUGUUAUUGCUUUUGGCGGUUGUAUAAUGUGUACCAUUUUCGCGUUUGCUAUCACUACCUUCAUAUACGAAGAAACCACAGCUGAAGGCAGUCAUUUCUUGAUGGGCUGCAUGAUUGCUGUGGUAUUGUCCAACUCAGGCUCCCCUCUGGUGAUCCGUCUGGCUGCUCAAUUGAGAUUUGCAACCACAGAUGUGGGAAGACUGGCCAUUUCUUCGUCGUUAAUUGCUGACCUGUACGCGGUGUGUGUUAUGCUUAUAGUUUCUAGAAAUAAGAAAGAGAAGUCUAAGCAUUGGGUUUCUGAUGGUGUCCUUUCACUGACGAUCAUUGUGGCAGUAGCAAUUAUUAAUAUAUACCUGGCAAAGUUUAUGAAUCGGAGAAACAGAAACAAAAAAUACCUAUCCAGCAUUGAGGUGUGUAUUAUUUUGGUAAAUAUCUUUGGAGCUGCAAUGGCAAUUGAGUCCAUCGGAUAUAGCAGCAUCUACGCUUGUUUCAUUAUUGGAUCAUUAUUUCCAAGGGGUGGCAAAACCAUUCGGACCUUGUUGAUAAAACUUACAUAUACGAUUCACAACUUUGUAUUCCCAAUAUACUUUGGCUAUGCAGGCUUCAAAGCGGAUUUAUCUGUAGUGUACAAACAUGUUUGGAGGGUUGGAAUUAUUUUCCUUGUCAUCCUGUUGAGCGUUGGUGGCAAAAUCACAGGCACCCUUGCUGCUUGCCACUCUGUAAAGACUCCGUUAAGUGAGGGCGUCCUCCUUGCUUUCCUGCUCAACUUGAAAUGCCAUGUUGAUUUGGUAACCCUAACCGUAGGCCAACAGAAUGGAAUGGUUACCAGUCAAACAUUCUACACUUUGAUGAUAUGUUCUGUAGUGAUUAGUUCUAUAAUAUCAGGGCCUUUGAUUGCUUACUUAGUGAAGAGGGAAAGUGAUACUCUUGGAUACAAGCAUGUAGCUUUGGAGGCCCAGGAUCCAGAUGGUGAGUUGCGAAUUUUAGCCUGUGUGCAUAAUCCUCGCCCUGUUGCAACCAUGGUUGGGCUCAUUGCGACCUCAAGAGGUGCUGACAACGUUCCUAUUACUCCUUACUUGAUGCACCUGAUCGAGCUCCCCAAGAAAACGAAAACUAAAAAGAAAAUGAUGCAUUCCCAGAAAGAAAAUGAAGAGUUCAGCGAUGAAGAUGACUAUGGUGGGAACGAAGUGGUAGAGAUCAAUGAAGCUGUUGAUGACUUCACUGCAGACACCGGUGUGAUGAUUCAUCAAGUUAAAAUUCUUGCACCCUUCACAAGCAUGCAUGAAGAUGUGUGUGAGUUCGCUGAGGAAGUACGAGCAUCUAUCAUAAUCCUCCCUUUCCAUAAGCACCAGAGAAUAGAUGGAGUGUUGGAGAAAGGCAAGGCGGGUAUAAGGACUACUAAUCAGAAAGUUCUUAGGCAUGCUCGAUGCACAGUUGCCAUACUUGUAGACCGAGGACUUACAGCUGGAUCCUUACAGGGUUCGGGCUCUGAUUCAUUGCAGCAUGUUGUAACUCUGUUUUUUGGGGGAACUGAUGACCGUGAAGCGUUGGGAUUUAGUGAACGUAUGGGAUCACAUCAUCAUAUAAACCUCACAGUCAUUCGAUUCCUACCUAGAGUGCCACCAAAGGACCCAAAUGUGGAGGUUAAUGUUGCCCAAAAGGAUGAAAGUGUUCUGAUGGCUAUAUCAGAUAAUGAGAGAGAGAACGAGAUAGACAACUCUGUCAUGACAGACUUCUAUAACAAGUAUGUGACAUCAGGGCGUGUGGGAUACGUAGAAAAACGUGUAAAUGACGGGACAGACACAGCUUCAGCAUUAAGGGAUAUCUCUGACAUGUACUCAAUGUUCAUAGUAGGAAAGGGUGGGAGAGGACACACCACAAUAACGACAGGAAUAAGCGACUGGGAAGAAUGUCCGGAGCUAGGCACAGUGGCGGACUUUUUGGCUUCUUCAGAAUUUGAUAUCGGUGGUUCAGUACUAGUAAUUCAACAACAUAUCCCAAGAAAUGAUGAGGAAGAGGAUGUUGACAUUGAUGAGGAUAGGUAGCUAUAGCACUUAGUUUGCAAGCCACAACAUAAUCUGACUAAGCUCAUCUGCAUAAUCAUUUUAUGAUGAUGGGCACUGGGGAAGAGCUGCUUGAUUCAAAGUGAAGUGCAUUGUCCAUGAUCCCACAAAACCGUAGCUGAAAGCUUACAGUAAAUAUUCGUGGCAGGUAGAUAAUAAGAUUUAGUUACAUUUUAGAUACUAAUGUAUAUAAUGUAGCUACUGAUCCUGAUGGUAUAUGCUUUAGACAUUUAGUAUGUACAGUUUCAGCUUGAUUUUAUGGUUAGCCUCCUUCUGAUAUGGUUAGAGAUGAAUUGUAGAUUAUAUACGAAACAGAUUCUGGGUCUCUGGUAUUUUACGGACUAUUUUCCUUGUGAUUAUAUAAGAUUAGAGCUCCACUGAUCCAUAUUAACCUAACAGGUAUCACACACUACAAAAUGCUUAUUCAGUAAGAUGUUUGUU